AUGCCACCAAAAUCUUCGAAAUUAACAAAUCAACAAAUGAAAGAAUUACGCGAAGCGUUCGAUCUAUUCGAUCGCGAUCAUAGCGGUUCGAUAUCAUCAGGGGAGCUGAAACAGUUAUUACUGGCAUUGAACUUCAAACCAUCAGAAGCUCUUCUUCGAAAAGUGAUGAGAGAAAUGGAUACGGAUGGUAAUGGCACUAUCGAAUUUAAUGAAUUUGUGAAAGCAAUGACCGGUAUCUAUUCGCGAGUGCUUACCGACGAGGAAAUGCAUCGGGCAUUCAGAUGUUUUGACAAGGAUGAUUCUGGUAAAUUACGAGUUUCAUUACGCGAGAUGAAUUACGUGAUGUUUUAA